AUGGCAGGUCAGCAACAACAGGCAACGGCGAACGCGUCGGCGCCGCAACAAAAAAGUCAGAGCGCCACUGAAGAGAGUUAUCGCCAUCUGCUCGAAGCGCUGCUCUCCUAUGAACAUGUCUUCUACUCACCACCAACAUCGCCACAUAAAGCUCAUAUAAAGCAGGAUGGAUCAUCAUCAAACCUGCCAACAAUCUCAUCACUUUCUCUUCAUCCAGUCAUAGAGAGCGUCUUGCACCUGCUGAACUGCGACUUGCGCAGUGCGCACUUUCUCUGCCGUCAUGCACAGGUUAACCCUAAAUUCGAGAGCAUGUUUGUCCACGGCAUAUUGCAUCGGAUAGAGGGCGACGUCGACAACACACGAGCCUGGUAUGGCGAUGUCAAAGAUUCAGAAAUCUUCCAGCAUGUAUGGCUAGAAAGCACGAAGAGAAGCACGGGCGAAAAGGUGCCCGACGCUGCACACAAAGGUUGGAGACACUUCCUAGAUCGAGUGGAGAGGUAUAGAGAUCGCACGAGCAAGAGAAAAGGGUCUGGUGGUUGGGAUGGAGAUGAGAAUAACUUGGAGUUGAGUAGUGUGAAGAACUGGGCGGAAGAGGAACGACUAUUGCGGGAGGGUUCGUUAUGGGAGUUGCAACUAGCUCUGCGGUUUUGUGAGAGGAAAUUUGGUGUUAAGCAAAUGAGUGAUGCCAGGCAGGAGUUUAUAGGGAUGAUGGAAAGUGGUGAUGAGAAACAUGUGAAGAUUGCACAAAGCAUGGUUACUGGAGGAGAAGGUUGGAGGGAGUUUUACGUGGAAUAG